AUGGAGGUGCAAUGCAAGCUGCAGCUAUACGCGCCGAACGACCAAUGCAGCACUGAGUGUGGAUAUGAAGGUGAGGACGAGACGCUUCCUGCGAAUCAAUGCUACGACUGCUCCUCUAGUCACGACUCCUGUGGUAUUGGGUACAACUCGACCGACGAUGGCUGUUGUCGAGUUUUAGAGUGCGAGGCCGUUAAUGGUGCUCCAAUUACAAGCCCAGGGACGCUGUCGUGGAAUCUGAAAGACGACGCACUGACAGUGAGCAACAGCAGCUACUCGAUCUUCGAGACUGGAAACUGUUCCAACAGCUCUGACCCGUCGUCAAAGUGUUGUCGGAUCACCUGUGAGAAUUGCUUUUUGAAUGUAUCCAUUGCGUCCAUGUUUGCCGACGUGGAGAUCGUCGAUGCAUCUCUACAUGAGGCCAUUGAGAUGGGACUGACCGGCAACGCUAACCUCGAGGUGGCGUUAUACGCACCAAACGGCUGUACGUUAGACGAGACGACACAGCUCAAGAAUGCCAGCUUCACUAUUCCGCUGGGCUCCACAGGGAUCAGUAUUGAGAUCACGAUGGGGCUAGAUCUACGCAGAAAACUCUCUCUUCAGCCUCAUGGGUCCAUUGCAACUAUCGGAGCCACUAGCGACUUACAGAGUCUGACGGCAGGCUCGCUUCGGUCCGAGACUUUCUACGAUAUCCAGAUCACAAACAACAUUUCGAGUAAACUCGCACAAAGCAGCAUCGACCUUGAAAUGCAGCUGGAGCUCAUUCCCUCGUUCCAAGCCUCUCUAUCACUUUUGAAAGGUCUGGCACGUGUCGGCGUCAAGGCAGAGUUCCUGGUCUUCCUCGAGCUCAACAGUUCAUUCCAAUAUCCUGCUCCGUUUCCAGGUCUCUCCUCGAAGUAUCUUGAUGACACGUCGCUGUGGCACGGAGGUAAUUGCCAGCUACCGCACUACAUGGAAUACAACUGCAACGCCGGCUACGGAGAAGUCAACAUCUCCCUCCCAUUAUCCGCCAGAAUUCCAGCUAUCGGGAAUACAUCAACCGAGCUCAACAUCGUGACAUCUUCGCGUCGCUCCAGCUUCAGCCUCUUCAGUGGAUCACAAACAGACACUGAGAACAAUUUUGGGAUGGACGCUGGGCAUGACCGACAUUGA